GGACGCUCCGCAGACGCGCAACGACCACGUCCCCACGACCGCUUCCCGACCGCGCACGCCUCCACGCUCCCCUGCCCGUCUCACGGGCGCUUCUGCUUCCGGCCGCGCCCUUCCGCUCCCACAGUGCCCCGCGCCGAACCAUGGACCACAAUGACAAUGAUUUGCAAGGAACAAAUAGUUCAGGAUCAUUGGGUGGUCUUGAUGUUCGUCGAAGAAUCCCUAUAAAGCUUAUCUCAAAACAGACCAAUAAAACCAAACCUGCACCUCGAACUCCAAGAAAUAUGAACAGGAUGCCUUCGAAGACACAAGCUGGUGAUGAAGAAGAAUUUGAAUAUAACAAAGAGGAGCGAUACGAAUGCAAAGGCGGUGAAAUGUUUGGCAGUCAAAGGAGAUUCCCUGGACCCAUCUUUUGGGACUAUAAGAUAAACUUGCUGGGGGAAAAGGAUGAUACACCAGUCCAUUUUUGUGAUAAGUGUGGAUUGCCUAUCAAAAUGUAUGGACGCAUGAUACCUUGCAAGCAUGUUUUCUGCUAUGACUGUGCUAUACUACAUGAGAAAAAGGGAGACAAGAUGUGUCCAGGCUGUAAUGAACCAGUGCAGCGAAUUGAGCAGUGUGUACGAGGGUCUCUCUUCAUGUGUAGCAUUGUUCAAGGGUGCAAGAGAACUUACCUGUCACAGAGGGACUUACAAGCUCACAUCAACCACCGCCAUAUGAGAGCUGGGAAGCCUGUUAGUCGGCCUCCAAUUGAACCUGUACAUCCUCCUAUUGCCCCGCCGCCUGCCGAAAUUCCUGAGCGCUUCAUAAUGCCACCUGAGAAACAUCAUAUGAGCCACAUUCCGCCAAAGCAGCACAUCAUGAUGCCACCACCUCCUUUACAGCAUGUGCCACAUGAGCAUUACAACCAGCCACAUGAAGACAUUCGUGCACCUCCUGCAGAGAUGUCAAUGGCUCCACCGCCACCUCGCCCAGUCAGUCAGGACACCUUCCGCAUCUCCACGAGAAAACACAGCAACUUAAUCACUGUCCCUAUUCAGGAUGAUUCCAGUUCAGGUGCUCGAGAACCACCUCCACCAGCCCCUGCACCUGCUCAUCAUCAUCCUGAGUACCAGGGUCAACCAGUGGUAUCGCACCCUCAUCAUAUUAUGCCUCCACAGCAGCAUUAUGCACCACCCCCACCACCACCUCCACCAAUAAGCCAUCCGCUGCAGCACCCUCCCCAGGCAGCAGGUACUCCUCACAUGGUGUAUAGCCAAGCUCCUCCACCACCAAUGACCUCUGCUCCUCCUCCUAUUACCCCACCGCCUGGACAUAUAAUUGCCCAGAUGCCACCAUAUAUGAAUCAUCCUCCUCCAGGACCUCCCCCUCCUCAGCAUGGAGGCCCACCUGUAAAUGUAAAUGCACCCCCUCCCCAUCACUAUAAUCCAAACUCUUUGCCGCAAUUCAGUGAAGAUCAAGGAACUCUUAGUCCCCCUUUCACACAGCCUGGGGGAAUGAGUCCAGGGAUAUGGCCAGCUCCAAGGGGGCCACCUCCACCUCCAAGGAUGCAAGGGCCUCCUGCUCAGGCCCCGCUUCCUGGACCACAUCACCCUGAUCAAGCCAGAUACAGACCCUAUUACCAAUGAUACAAGCAACUGUAUGAAUAGAGAGUGCUAUGAAGAGGAUAAAAUUAUAUACAACAGCCUUUUAAUUGUUUUGGGGUUAUUUUGUUGUGUGUUUUUUUAAAAUACUGUCAUUUUGACUGUAGGACAUUUUGGAGUUUGAAUCUUAAACAAAUUUUAAGCCUUGGCUAUAGGACUCUGACUUCAGAUACUCUGUAGUGCUAAAAUAAGUGGCUUAGUAAACCACAGUUGCAUUUUAACAGAACUUCUGUCUCUAAUGUGGCUAAAUUGUCCUAAGAUGAACACUUGUAAUAUUAUUUCCUGGAGAAAAUGAACAUGUGUUGUACUGUUGUUUUUGUUAAAUCCAGUGUUUAGUUUCACUUGUGAUACAUUUUUGUUAACCUGUGUACAAUAAUUAAAUUGAAACACGAUUGUAAAAGCGGUGGGUUUUUAUAUGAAAUUAACACAGACAUAGUUCUGGGCCACCAUUUCAGCACUAAUGCUUUCCAAAUGGGUAGUGUAAUGAAAUAUUAAGGGAACUUAAAUAUUUCUCCUACUAACAGUUACCAUUACUUACAGCAUAUUUAGGCUAUAACCAGGCAUGCAGAAUACUGCAUUUCAGUUUUUUUCUUCUUUUUUUUUUUUUUUCCUUAAAUUCAUGCAACAAGAUAAAUUGUUCAGAAAUACAACUUUGGGGAUGACAUAAAACCAUGCGAUGUAUUGUGGGGUUUAGUGGGGAUUUUUAAUUUGGAUUUUGGCUUUAUGGAGUUCUUGUUUUAAAGCUAGUUUUGAUUUGGAAGGUUCUGUUUACAUGUAUGCUGUUCACUAGUGUUGAAUUCAAACUGUUGUGUUUACCUAUGGCUAUGUUUGUGCAGAAGUGGCUGUGAAUUGGCUUGCCAUGUCUGUGAGAAGCAGAUAAUUUUAGGUAGGGAAGUGGUGUUUGCCUCUGUCGCUUUAUAUAAUAUGUACAGUAGGAAAACUUCCCAUUUGGAUAACCUGGAAGAAGUGGUCUGAAAACCCACAUGUAGAUGCAAAGAAAUAAAAAGCUACACAUCCUUCAUCUGUUUCGAUUUUGUGAUACAGAUUUAACUGAACAGACCAGAAUUAGGUGUCUUGGUUUUCUUUUGUCAAAAAGUAGCAGUGUGAGCAGGCCCUCAGGUCUCCUUUGGCCCAAAAUUUGUAGAGAGAAAUGUAAUAAAUGAGAAUGUUCUUUUUUUUUUUUUGUGCAGCUGAUAGGAGAGCCAGCCAGUAAGAUGACAGCGCAGUUUGUCAUUUGGAGUGCUUAUCUUUGCAUUUUUAAUCCAUGUUAGUGCUGAACCUUUGUCUUUUCAAAACGCUGCAUUUCCAGCAGUGGUGCUUUUAGGUGGAGAAAUCUUUUGGGGUUUAGGGUUUGAUUUUUUUGUGAAGGUUUGUAAUUCCCUACUGUUCUUGAAUAAUCUGAACCAUGUUAAAGCCUCAGUGUUACUAUUUCUUUUGUAAACAUCUUUUCCUGCCUCAUAAGUGGUAAAUUUAUGAAAGCUUGGCAGUGCAACACACCAAAUGCUGUAAUUUUACGUAUAAACGGCCUAUUUUUAGUUACCAGAGCAAGGGCUCUUCAAAUUUGCUCUGUCCUUGAUUGCCGUGGAUUUCCUUGUGACCAAGGGACAAUCUUUUAGUCUACCUUUCAAAUAAACACUUCUUUAGAGAUGGGCAAAUAGAUUCUGGGAUAUACAAAUAAAUUCUGGGGUAUACAAAUGGCUAAGAAUUGUCACCUGAUGAGAAGUCUGCUUAGCUGUAAUAUGCUUCUUCGCAGAAGGAGUUGUUUGGUUUGCUUUCUCUGAAAACUAAGUUAUUUGUUUAAAAAAUAAAGCACACUGGUAAAGAAAAA